CUCAAGGACGAAGACUUUGCGGGAUGCCAUGGCCGGGCGGCCAAGUUCUGGUGAAGUGAAUAGGCGAUUAUCAAACAAAGAAGCAAAGAAUGCUGGUGAAGCUUCAAUGAGAAAGCCAAUGGGGCAGGAUCAAAGAACAUUGGAGAGUGCUUUUACAUCUAGGUAUCCGAAUCGCGCAUCCUCUACAAGGCCUUCAACUCCUGCAGAUGGAUACCAAAACCGAAGGGAAAGUUCAACACGACAUAAUACUCUGGAAACUGAAGCAGAUGCUUGGGAAAAAGCUCAGAUUAAGAAGAUCCAGAGGCGGUAUGAGAAAGUGAAAUCUGCAAUUCUUGCUUGGGAAAAUGAGAAGAAGAUGCAAGCAAAAAUUAAGAUGGAGAAGAGAAAGAGUGAAUUGGAGCAGAGAAGAGCAAGCAACAUGCAACAUUACCAAAUCAAGCAAACAAGAAUUGACCAGAUAGCAGGAGGAGCAAGGGCACAAAUGGAAGAGAAAAGAAGAAAUGAAGAGUCCAAGGUGAGAGAAAAGGUUAAAAGGAUUAGAGCAAAAGGCAAAGUUCCUGUUAAAUGUUUCUGCUUCACUUGCUACUAGGAAGGGAAUCACUUGGACUUGAGAAACUUUGUCUUGGAGCAAUGAAGCUGUCACUGGAUCUUCUGCUGAUUAAAUCUGUAUAUUAACUAUAUUAUGGCUUCCUAACAGUAUAUCCUAACUUACUUUAAUUUGUAAAUGAUGUAUAAAGAUUUCGGAUCAUGAAAGUUCGAAAAUUGUGUGUUGUAUAUGUUUAUCCAAUAAAACUAU